AUCCGAGGCCCCUUCCUCCCUCCCCUGGUUCCGCUCACGGCUCCAGGGGCAGAGACGGAGAGAGAGAGGGCGACUCCGGGGAGUGGAAUGGCGUCGUCAGAGGCCCGGGUCUCCAUCGGGGAUGGCGGCGGGCGGGAAGAAGAUGAGGCGGUGGCGAAGGGGAUUGUGGAGCGGAUCCGAUCGGAGGACGUGGAGUGCCGGAUCCAGGCGGCGAGUGAGAUCCGGCGGCUGACAAAGACUUCAUCGAAGCACAGGCGGCAACUCUCCGACGCCGUCGAGCCCCUCGUGGUCAUGCUCCGUUCGGGCGAACCGCAGUCCGGCGAGGCCGCCAUACUUGCUCUUCUGAAUCUCGCCGUCAAGGACGAAAGGAACAAGAUAAGGAUAGUGGAUGCUGGUGCAGUUGAGCCACUCAUUGGGUUCUUGCAGUCAACAAAUCUGUGCUUACAGGAGUAUGCCACUGCAGCUAUCCUUACCCUCUCUGCCUCAUCCAUCAAUAAACCCACCAUCAGUGCAGCUGGUGCCAUCCCCCUCCUUGUCAAAAUCCUUAGAGAUGGAAACUCACAAGCCAAGAUUGAUGCUGUUAUGGCUCUCUACAAUCUCUCCACAAUUCCAGAUAAUAUCUGCACCAUCCUCUCACUCCGACCUAUCGCCCCUCUGAUUAACUUACUGAAGAGCUGCAACAAAUCCUCCAAAAUAGCUGAAAAGUGCAGUGCGCUUUUGGAGUCAUUGAUGGCCUUCGGCGAGGGGAGAACUGCUCUGACUGUUGAGGCAGGUGGAGUUCUCACAGUAGUCGAAGUUCUUGAGGAAGGCUCUCCCCAAAGUAGAGAGUAUGCAGUAGGAGCUCUUCUGACAAUGUGUGAAAGUGAUCGUUGUAGAUACAAAGAAGUAAUUCUUGGAGAAGGUGUGAUUCCUGGUCUUCUUGAGCUCACUGUUCAGGGGACACCCAAGUCUCAAUCAAAAGCUCGCACCCUUCUACAGUUACUGAGGAACUCUCCAUAUUCAAGGUCAGAAUUGCCGGCAGAGACCCUUGAGAACAUAGUGAGUAACAUUGUGUCUCAUAUAGAUGGUGAGGAUCGUGCAGGUAAGGCAAAGAAGAUGCUGGCUGAGAUGGUGCAGGUCAGUAUGGAGCAGAGCUGGAGGCAUUUGCAGCAAAGGGCCUUUGUCUGCACUCCAACCGAGCUGUCUCUUGGCAACUGCCCUUCGGAAGUGCCUUCAAAAUGAUAGAUCACUUUGUUUUGGUUUUACUGUCUGUUGUAUUUUUGUAAGAAAAUAAGAUAGCAGGGUGAUGCCAGUCCAGGCCACGAUGGUACCAGGUGACUGGUGAAAUUGCUGAUAUUUAGUAGGUCUUCCGUUGUUGUCCUUUGCUUUUGUGUGGUGUCUCUGUUGAAGCGUUGAUAGAACAAUAAACUCAGCUUUUGUGCAAUAGAAUUUCAUUUUUCCUUUGUAACAGGUUUCUUUUGUUCUGAGCAAUGUGAUACCACAAUUCGUUUCAAA